AUGGUCCGGGACAAUCUCACCCUCUCCUCCUGGCUCCUGCUGGGUGGGCUGAUGCAAGGGGGUGCGUGUCUACUGUUGGGCCCCCUCUCCCUGCUUCCGACCGCGGCCAUCCUGCUGUACCGGUUCAUCGACCAUCUGUUGAUGGCCUGCCACAUAACCCCCAACCGGUACAUGACCGGAUCCAUCCCUAUCAAGCGCAGUGCCCAGUAUCCCCGGCCCGAUGGCACCUUUGGCAGUGAACCGGCGGGCGAGUCAAUCGUGGUCUUCCAUCUGGGGGCGCGCUGCCACCAUCCACUCGGGAUGCUCGCCCCAGGCAUGAAGGAGUUGGGCGAAAGUGCUGAUAAGAUGAGUCGAAACAUGCGCGCCAACCCCGUCAAGUACGGUCUGCUGGGCACCUCGCACUGGUUGAAGACCGACAGUCCAGCGGGUAACGAGACCAUGACCGUCUUCUACCUCCGCGAUUACGCUGCUCUUCAUCAAUUCGCUCACGAUGACAUCCACAUGGAAGGGGUGCGCUGGUGGUCUCGCAUCGCCAAAGACCAUCCACACCUGGCCAUUUAUCAUGAAACCUACCUGGUGCCCCGCGGGCAGUGGGAGAAUAUCUACAUUAACGGGUUUCCGACCGGCAUCGCCGAUACCUGGUUUCCCGUGCAGGCCGCUGAUGACAACAAAGAGAAAAAUCCCGAAGUGGUUGAGAAAUGGGUGCGACCGUUGGUUGACGCGCGUGACGGCGUCUUGCGGUCGGCCAGCAAGCGGCUGCAGUUGACACGCUUGGAGGGUCGCGAGAAGGAGCACGACGAUAUAGACAGGGCGGUGCCGACCAGACCCGUCAGCCAUUCUGUUCCCGCUUAUUUUAGUCUUUCUGGGAGUCACUCGCCUUUUUCGCCUCUUCUCGCGUAUGGCCAGGAUUCGGAAAUGACAACCACCGUUGCGCCUUCCCCUCCCCCCACCCCCCUUCCUAUGGAUAGUAUGAACAAGUUCUCCACGCCGGCACCAUCCCGCCUGGGGUCGAUGAACCGUCGAUUCGGCGGCAAACGAUCGAGAACGGGAUGCCGCACUUGUCGAGCUCGCCGCGUGAAAUGUGAUGAAACCCCCGGCGCAUGCCGGAGAUGUACCUCCGCGGGUCGUGUUUGCGAUGGCUACGAGGUGCAAAGACUGCCCUUGAUGAGGGAUCCAUGGACCAAGAUCAGCCCUGAGUUGAGGAGUGGCUUUCAAUGGGUCAUUACCUCCGACGAGAGCCGCUGUUUCUCCUACUUUCAGCACCACACGGUGCCCACCUUCCGCGAAAUGUUCGACUCCUCGCUCUGGCAGCAUCUCGUCCUGCAGAUAGGUCAGUCGGAGCCAGCGGUGUACCAUGCGACCGUGGCCCUCAGCGCGAUCCACCAAGACGCGGAGAGCAGAGGAAUGCCCUUGGCUGCCAACUUCCCCGGAAGGAGUCAGGGCCCCUGGCUGCGCUUUGCGCAAGAGCAGCUGGGCCGCGCUUUUCAGAGCCUCACCCGGCGCCGUGCCUCUUCGGAUCCCUGGUUGCGCAAUGUGACCCUCCUCUGCUGUUUGUUGUUCGUUCUCUCCGACCUGCUGCAGGGCGACUACGACGAUGCCUUUACCCAUCUCCAGAGUGGCCUGCGCAUCCUCUGCGAGCUCCAGGCAGCGCGAGAAUUGGUGGCGCCUACGCCCCGCCAAGAACUGGUGGAACAUUGUCUGGUGGCUGCUUUUGCCCAGCUGGACAUGAGUACCGCCCACUAUGGCCUCGGGGGGCCUCUGCUGUGCAUCGACUCUUUGCCCACCCAGUGGCAGUCGCAGCCGACAUCAGCGGUCGCCUUUGCCAAUCUGGAGGAAGCUCGCACGGCCUUCAACCUGGUCACCAGUGCUGGGUAUCGCUUUAUGAUCUCGGGUGAGGAAAUAUUGCUGGGAGACAUCAAACGCAACUACGCCACCAUCCAGUCGACGCAGCUGCGGGUCCGCUCCCUGGCCUCCCGAUUUUGGCGAUCCUUCGAGCCCUUCUACCACAACUCUUACCAUCUUCUCAAUCACAAAGAGCAGCGGAGUGUCGAACUGAUUCAUCUACAAUACCUCGGCCUGAUGGUGUCGCUGGAAACAAUCCCCCUGGCGGACAAUCCAGCUGCCCUGGCUGCUGUCACGCCUGCCAUCGAGAAAGUUGUUUCCUUGGCCGAGUCAAUCAUGACCCGGUUCCCUGAGCGUCCCACCAUCAGUAUUGAUGUGGGUGUCCUUCCGCCAUUGUACAAUGGGGCCUUGGUGUGUCAGGACUAUCGCGUUCGGUGGCGGGCCAUUAAGCUGCUGCGUGCUUGGCCGCAUCGAGAGGGGCCAUUUGACUCCAAUUGGAUCCUCGCCCUGGCGGAGGAGGCACUGCGUCUGGACUUGCUGGCCGAUCCCGCCGUCAGCCUGGAUCGAGAUACCGCGCCUAGUCCAUCCGAUGACGAUGAAUUUGCACCUGGUCGCAUGCUGCAAGACCUCAACGAUCGACGGUCGCGGAUUAAGCAAUCAUUGGCAAAGACGAGAGAGGGGUUGGAUGAUGGAGGUUCUCCGGCAGAUUAUCUGGGCGCAGUCAAAUGUGUGUCUGGGUGGUCAUGUAUGCGCGCUUUUAGGGCGAGGUUUCCAGACUGCUGAA